AUGUCUAAAGUUAAAGAACGGCACUCCAAGAAAAUGGAUAAUUUACUUGCAACAAAAAGCACUAUUGAUGGUCUUGAAGAAAACCCGAACAACGUUAUUCUAAACCUCACCAACCAAAAUCUUUCCCCCGAGCAGAUUGAAGUUUUGAAACUUGGUCUCCGACAUGGCUUUGCUACACGACCUAAUGAACUUGAAAUGCUGUCAGUUGCAGAAGAUAUAUGGGAUCAGAUCGCCAGACUGAACCAAUUCAAAGAUGGAAACUAUGUUAGAGAUAAGUUAAAAAACUCACUACGCUCCUUUACGUAUAAUUACUUAGAUUUAGAUUUAGAACAAUUCCAUAUCGAUAGUAAACGUAUUCGUAUACUCAAAAAACUCAAUAGUGAUUACGCCAUUCUGAAGCCUGACAAAGGCAAUGGAGUUGUCUUGUUAAACCGCUCUGAUUAUGUCAACUCUCUUAAUUCUCUGUUCGAAAAUCCCUGUAAAUUUAAGCGUAUUUCAAGCGACCUUACUUCUAGUAGACUCUCCACUCUACAGUCCUAUCUAUGCACACUUCUAAAACGGGGUGAGAUCAAUGAAACCGAACAUACCUUCUUACGACCUACUCACGCGCACUUUGCCAGAGCACAUGGACUACCUAAAACGCACAAACAAUUUGACACAUUACCUAAGUUACGACCAAUAAUUGACACCACAAACACACCACACUACAACGUAGGCAAAUUCAUUGCAAACCUUUUGAAUCCACUCACCCUAAAUAAAUUUUCAUUACAAGACUCUUUUGAUGCUACUGAUGCUAUUAAAUCUAUACCUAAAGAUCUAUUUUCCCAAGGUUAUAAGUUUGUCUCUUUUGAUGUUGAAUCCCUUUUCACCAACGUGCCUUUGCGUAAAACCAUUAACAUUGUACUAGAUCGCAUUUACAAACAAAAUAUUAUUAAUACCACACUCCGAAAAUCAACACUCAAAAAAACUCAUUAUUGA